AUGGCGAAGAAAACGAUGGAUGUGGUGAAGGGUCUGGAUUUGCAGAGGUACAUGGGGCGCUGGUACGAGAUAGCCUCAUUUCCGUCAAGGUUUCAGCCCAAGAAUGGAGAGAAUACGAGGGCUACCUACACUCUGAGAGAUGAUGGGACUGUGAACGUGCUCAAUGAGACUUGGUCUGAUGGAAAAAGAAGCUCCAUAGAGGGCACUGCAUACAAGGCCGACCCCUCCAGCGAAGAGGCCAAACUCAAAGUGAAAUUCUACGUUCCUCCAUUUUUGCCCAUCAUCCCUGUUGUUGGUGAUUACUGGGUUUUGUUUAUUGAUGAGGAUUAUCAGUAUGCUUUGAUUGGCCAGCCUAGCAGGAAUUACCUUUGGAUAUUAAGCAGGCAGCCUCGUCUUGAUGAUGAAAUCUACAACCAGCUAGUUCAAAGGGCCAAGGAUGAGGAAUAUGAUGUUAGCAAACUCCACAAGACACCGCAGAGUGAGACUCCACCGGAAGGAGAAGAAGGCCCCAAAGACACCAAGGGCAUCUGGUGGUUCAAAUCCCUCCUGGGAAAGUAG